AGGGGCUGGAGCGAGAUCUACUGACUUCCGGCCAGGCCGUUGUCUGGGUGGCGCGGUCGAGUCAUCGCUGGGCCUCGCUGCUUCCAGCUCCCUUCCCUGCCCCCCGCCCCGGCGCGGGGGGUCGACUAGCCAAGCGGGGGCGGGAGGCGACGCGGACCUUCCCCUUUCUUUCGUUCUGGCCUGCUCCCCGGCUACCCGUUCUGGGUCCCUGGGACCCGAGAGGCCCGAUCUGAGGGCCCGGGGCCUACGUGGGCCCGCCUCCGGGCCCCAUGAGGCAUAGCCUGACUAAACUGCUGGCGGCUUCGUGCAGCGACUCCCCGACGCGUAGUGAGAGCCCGGCGCCCGUCGCGACCUGCUCGCUGCCCCCGGACCUGACCGGGGCGGCGGAGGACGAGGGGACGGCGGCGGCCGGAUCUCCCGGCCGCAGACAGCCGCGCGGCGACGAGGGCGAGUCGGAGGCCGGGAGGGGGGGCCGCGGCGGCGUGGCCGCGCGCGCGCCCUCGCCUGAGGAGAUGGAGGAGGAGGCGAUGGCCAGCGUCCCCGGGGAGGAGACGGAGGACAUGGACUUUCUGUCCGGCCUGGAACUGGCGGACCUGCUGGACCCCCGGCAGCCGGACUGGCACCUGGAGCCCGGGCUCAGCUCGCCGGGGCCCCUCUCCUCGUCCGGCGGAGGCUCGGACAGCGGUGGCCUGUGGAGAGGCGACGACGACGACGAGGCCGCGGCUGCCGAGAUGCAGCGCUUUUCGGACCUGCUGCAGAGGCUGUUAAACGGCAUCGGAGCUUGCAGCAGCGGCAGUGACAGUGGCGGCGGCGAAAAGAGGCGGAGAAAGUCCCCGGGAGGCGGCGGCGGAGGCGGCGGCAGCGGCGGCGGCAACGACAGCAACCAGGCGGCGACAAAGAGUCCCCGGAAGGCGGCGGCGGCGGCUGCCCGCCUCAACCGGCUGAAGAAGAAGGAAUACGUGAUGGGUCUGGAGAGCCGAGUGCGGGGGCUGGCCGCCGAGAACCAGGAGCUGCGGGCCGAGAACCGGGAGCUGGGCAAGCGCGUGCAGGCACUGCAGGAGGAGAGUCGCUACCUUCGGGCCGUCUUAGCCAACGAGACCGGACUGGCUCGCCUGCUGAGCCGGCUGAGCGGCGUGGGACUGCGGCUGACCACCUCGCUCUUCAGGGACUCGCCCGCCGGGGACCACGACUACGCUCUGCCCGUGGGGAAGCAGCAGCCGGACCCGUUGGAAGACCAGGACGACUCGGCCGGAGGAGUGUGUCUGCAUGUGGACAAGGAUAAGGUGUCGGUGGAGUUCUGCUCGGCGUGCGCCCGGAAGGCGUCGUCUUCUCUUAAAAUUUUCUUUUUUAGGUGAUUUCCUUCCUGCCAGGCUCCGUUGUAGGGGUUACAGAACAGUCGUUCCCGCCUCACCACCUGGUAAGGACCCAUCUCUUCACGUAACGCUCAUGCUCUGCUGCUUAGUCUACUUUAAUGGGCAACAUCUCAAUUUGUGCGUGUGUGUGAUUUUUUUUUGUUUGUUUGUUUGUUGUUUUCUUUUUCGGAAGUUGGGAGGGGAAUCUAAUUUGGGCCCUGUCCACCCUGGAAACAGACUUGUGCUGGUCAAUAAUGUACUCAAGAUGCUUCUUCUGGUUGAAAUAGCUGUUAAUGUGUCCCCUUGUUCAGACUUGCGUGUACCUAGCUCUUCUGUCCCCAGUGUGGACAUGGCCUUGGAUGACAUCGGUUCCAACUGUACACUGAAAGCUGCUAAUAGAGAUACAGUUUGGAGACAGUGACACAGGUGAAGUUGAAUGGAACUUCCGAGUUGUACAAGGUGCAAAUUGGAAUUCCAAUUUUAGAGCAACUUUUCAGAGGUUGACAAUAAGUACUUGGGGCAUGCACAAAUGUGACAGUUACUUUGCUGGAGAUGACAGAAAUCUCUUAAAUAUAAGAAUGCCUUUCAGUUUUAAUAGAUCUAGACAUACAGUCUAUUCAGAUUAAUAGAUUUUUAUAUUUUACCAUUAGAGAAGUUGGAAAUUAACAUGCACACCAGACUCCUGUGUUAGUUACUUGAAGGAGGAAUAAGAAUGGUUAAUGAAAUGUUUCUUUGAGGACCAGCACAGUGAUUACCCUAUCACUGAGUAUGAAGAAAUUGUUGAACACCUUUAUUUUUGUUGUAUUAAAUUUUUAGGUUAAAUUUAUGUAUGAUUAGAUAUUGAAGGUUAUGAAAUGUGAAUGAAAACGUGUAAAGUGAGGCUUCACAAAGAAUCUUACUCUCCAUAUUUCAAAGGUAUUUGUCCUAUUUAAAAAUGAGUUUUAAAGUUGAGUGAUUCUGGCUACUUAAGGACACGAUUGACACUUUUCCAAAGUUGGGACAUAGUCUUCCUUUGAAGUACUCUGUCGUCUGAUUGUAUAUAGAUUUAGCCAUGAUGUCCUUCAAUGUAAGGGACAUGAAGAAAUUCUUUGUGAAACAUCACUGUUUGAUAAAGUAUAUACGUAUUUAGCAUCCUUGUUUUUCUUUGUGCUAAAGUGGAUACAGCUGUUGGGGCAGAAGAGACGGGACCAGCUGCUGGCCACAUUUCCUGCUUUAUUUUAAAAGGUAGUAUAAGAAAUGAGGAAAAAGAGGUAAUAUCAGGGCUUCUGCUUUUAUUUUAAAAUGUUCAUAAUUAAAAAGUAUUUUCCAGCAGUCCAAAGAUGUAAGUUAUCUUACACAUAAAAUGUUUUAUUUUGUUGUUAUUUGGUUAUGAAAAUGGAAUCUUGUUCUUGCACAACUGUAAAUGUUUUGUUGCUAGAUAAUACACUCUGAGACCUAACUUGGUCUCUGGUUUCCAGUGCAUUACAGCAUAUUUUGUAAAAUCAUCUACUGCACUUGAGCAUGAAUACGGAUAGUAGCCAAACUCACAACCUGGAGUGAUGAACCUGCUUAUACCUAAGUGCAGGAGCAAGCCCCUCACAAUGCAGCUGCAUGGAUUUUUAGUGCCUACUGAAUAAUAUAUAAUAUAUAUAAACCAAAAGUAGUUGGAAAAAUUAUUUGAAAUGACUAAUUUGUGCUAUCUUUAUGGAAUAUGUUAAAUGUAGCUUUUUGAAACAGAAGCCUUGAAUUGAAAUUUAAUUAAUACUUGAACAUUUUGUGUAUAUAUAUAUCUUUGUAUAUAAUUUUGUGCAGUACCAAUGACAAAAAUAUGGUGUCAUAAUAAAAUCAGGUUUGUUGAUCUUUCAGUUAUGGGCUCAAAGAAUUUAUUCAUCUCUAACAUGACAUUGGAAAACAAUGGAUGAAAAUAGGAAAAAUGAUUGUUGUUAAUGCUGUGGGUCUUAGGUUCUGGAAGCAGUAAGUGCGUUUUUCUAAAAAUUAUACCAUUCCUUUGGAAUAUUUUCUUCCUAAUGUCAAUGAUUUUCCUGCAUUAUUUGAAGUUUGGGGGCUGGGGAGAAACAGUCAAAGCUUUCUGAAUUGGGAUGCUUUGAAAUUCCAAGUAUAGAUUUUUAGAAUGUCAUUUUAUAAAUGGCAGUUUUUGGAAAUACUUGAUUAAGAACUUUUGAAAAUGGAGAUUAGUAUCAACUAUUUUAAAAGCUGCUUUGUUAGGUUCCUUAUGUUUUAACUGUCUUUCUUAGUUUCCAUUUCAUUCUCUUUUUUUCAAAUUUUGGUGACUUACAGUGAUUUUGUCAUUUUUUGCAUCAACGUCAUAGUCUUGUUUUUACAUGGUAUUGCAUGUAUUUAAGACCUAACAGGGACUUUAAAUAAAUUUGGUCAUAUUUAUGUGUAAACACAUUUUACUGUAAAUGUUUGGGUUUCUGAAUUUACAACAGAUAUGUUUAUUUCAGUAUGUAGUAAACAAUAUCUUAAAGUGUCCUAUUCACUACUUGUUAAUUAAAAAAGUUGAUUAAUAUGAAACUGUUGUCUUACUAUUUUUAGAAAAUUGUGUUCUGAAUGAUUAGUAGCUGGAUAAAGGAGAUUUCUGGAAUAUAAUAUGGAUUGUUUAGAAAUUUUCAGGUUUGGCUCUAUUUACUGUAAUGGAUGAAAGAAGUUUAGUAUUUGGGGAGUCUUUUUUUCUUUUCCUAAUUGUGCCUCUAUGGCAAAAUAAUACAGAAAGAACUAAAGAUGUACCUUUUUAUAGUUGUCUUCUGAUUGUGACAGGAAUUCAUACAUUAAUUGAACUAACACAUCAUAUUGACCUACUAUUUCUAUCAUAUUGACUUAAUGUUUCUGCACUUCUUGACCAAACCUAACUAAAGAGUCCACGUUUGUUAAAAUGUAGUCACACCUCUGAUAUAAUCCAACAAAAAGUGUUCAAAAUAUUUUAAAUAUUUGUUCAUUUAAUAAUCACUAAAUUAAUCUCUCUCUCUUCUCUUUAAACAGCUUAGCAGUGUCUGCAAAAACGAAUCUUUUCCUACAACCUGUUAACUGACUGGACUGAUGGUAACAAAGUAAUUGUGGGAGCCAUGUCGGUCAAAAAUUUGGCAUCUGCUGAAAAAAUGAAUGCCAUUUUCAAGUUCCCAAAUUACUUCUAUACUGAUUUCAGUUUCCAGAUUUCACUUUCCAGAAAUGGAGAUAUGAAAAGAUUGUCUGGAAUCCUUGAAAGACUUAAUAGGAUUACAUGAGACUAAGUUAAUUUUGGAACAAAAUUAUACAUUUUUUGUCUUUCAUGGGAGUGAUACUCAGUUCUUUGCAUACCUUUUAAAAAUUGUAACCACUGGAGAAGAGAUUGAUAGUAUUUCAUCAAGGAAUAUUAGAUUCUUUUCAUAAUCAAGAGCACAUUUUAUGGAAUUACAUUUAAUCCAGUAGAAUUACAUAAACAGGCCAUCAGUGAUCACAAGGCUGAAUCAUGAGUUUGUAUUUAUUUCCUGGAACAUGAGAGCUAAUCUGAAGUAUAGACAGACCUUGCUGAGUAGAAUAUAAGAGUUAAUGUAAAGUCUUUAUAAAGAGUAGUCUUUUUAAAUAGAUGCAUUGAUUUGUCUGUGUAUCUUUGAAAAAUUUAUUAUGAUUAAAUGUGUGGGUAGUUAAUUGCAAUUCAGGGUAAUGCCAAGAUGUGUGGAUUCUGAGGUUUUGGCUUAUUGAGCUUCCUCUGAGGACAUAUUAAAAUUAUUUUGAGGUUUCUAAUGAAUGGUAUACUAGUUUCUACUGUUUUGUAUUAAAAUUUCUCUAGUGUGAAAGGCUUUUUAGCAUUCUGGAUGAUGGGAGUGGUUUUUUUUAAAAACAGAAUAUGGUGGUUUUACUUAUUUGAAACAUUUUUCGAGUUCAUUACAAGUGUGAAAAAACACUCAAAA